AUGGGUUGUUGUUUCAGUGGCUCAAAAACACAACCACCCAUGGAAAGAACCUCCAAGUCUGUUGUUUCCGUGGCUAAAGAAGUUCUGAUACAAAUUCCAGGAUGCAGAGUUCAUCUGAUAGAUAAAGGAGAAGCUGUUGAACUGGCUCAAGGCCAGUUCAUAAUGAUGAAAAUCAUGCAGGAGAACGUGCAUCUAGCUACAAUCAUAAAAGUAGGAAAUGAUGUUCAAUGGCCUUUGACAAAAGAUGAACCAGUGGUAAAGGUUGCUGCUCUCGAUUACCUGUUCACAUUGCCUUUGAAAGAUGAUGAGCCUUUUAACUAUGGUGUGACCUUUCCAGAACAUAGUCAUGGAAGCAUGAGUUUGCUGGAUUCGUUACUGAAGCAGCACUCUUGCUUUUCUGUUUCGAAACGGAGCAAUGAGAAUAAUUAUCUUGAUUGGGAGGAGUUUGCUCCGAGGGUUGAAGAUUACAAUCAUUUUCUGGCCAAGGCAAUUGCACAAGGGACUAGUCAGAUUGUUAAGGGUAUCUUCACGUUGGCUAAUUAUUUCACCAACCAGGUUCACAUAGGAGUGGAAACGAUCCUAAAUAGUGCUGCAGAUAAGAAAAAUGUUGGAGUAGGGAGGGAAAGCACGAGCAACAAAAUUGCUGUGAUUAACGAAAACCUCAAACGAGUAAGAAUGCUGUCAAAUAUGACAGAAAAUUUAACCAAAUCUUUGCUUGAUCGUGUUGGAAUAAUGAGUGGAUCAGUGACGUCUCCUGUGGUUCAAUCCCAACCAGGACAAGCACUCCUCCCUAGCGAGGUGCGGUUGGCUUCUCUUGAUUCAUUCAACAAGGUUUUUGCUGCAGUUGAAGCUGCUGGAAAACAAACCUUUUCUGCCACCUCUCAAGCUGCAACCAUAAUAGUUUCUGACAGGUAUGGGGAAGAAGCAGGAGAGGCUACUGAGCAUUUCUUUGCAACUACAAAAAAUGUUGCUAACACUACAUCGAAUGUCUCUAAGAUAUGGAUGGCUAUUAAUCCGGCUUCUUCAGCAACCACCACAGGAGCACUCAGAAAUGCUUAG